UUUUGGAUCAAAUGGAACUUGAUGACGUGUCGCUUAGUGUAACCUGGCGAAGAAGAAGCUUGAUGCGUCCCGUUAAACUCCGGCUGGUUCCAAGGAUUAACUUUGUUGACUACUAGCGCUACAUGAGGUCAUACACUUGCUCAUUUGGAGGCGCGUGGGCGUUGCGCGAAGCCGACACCUACAGUAUAUAGCGUGGAAAUUGUCGUCAUUCAACUCCUAAAGCGCUGGACUGAUUAAUCAUACAUACGAAAUGCCGCGGAACAAAACAGUAAGAAGGUGGAAUUCCUGGUACCGCAUGUGUUCAAAACUACCUGAGCGAGCAUAUCCACUUCGAUCUUCGAAGCACAAGAUGGUACAUUGGAUCAAGAUGACGAUGGCUCGCGAGACACAACUCUGCACCUCACGCCCCAACCAUCCCUCUUUCUCAUUGAUUAGUUACACCUCGCAAAAUACGUCGGUUGGUCCGAACACAAAGCGAUUUGCUCCUAUGGCAUCCUCUUCCUGUGAUCUAUGCUUUUGUUUAUCUUGGCGAACGGGGGAUUGGUUAUAUAUAUACGUAUGUGGCGUAUUGCUGACUGUGGGAACAUCGGCAGUUUUGUGCGGGAGCUGGGUUUCUACCAUAUCCACCGACCCCUUAAUUGCUCAGGUCGCUUGCAAUGUCCGGGAGGUUGAUCCCAGUGCUCUUUUAUUUACUUACAUGUGCAACAUAAAGGCAUCCGUCGUUACAAAACAUAUCGCAACUGUCGGGUUGAUCUUCAUCAAGUCACAUUGUCAAUGGCAAUCAUGUUUUUUAUGAUCUGGACGAACAUCCAUAGCAGAUACGCUCUGCCAUUUUCACAUAGCUCGCUGCAGCAUGAGUAGAUGUCAUGGG